UUUCGUUAACUCUAAAACCCUAGAAAGUUGGAGCCUUCAGCUGUCCUAAAACCCCGACUCCCUCACUGUGUUAUACAUGCACAGGCAAUAACCUUUCCUCUUCAAAAGAACCAUGUUUCCUGGUCAAAAUCCAAGGCCUCAGCGCCCUUCUCAGUUCCAUACCAAUGGAAUUGCACCUUCAGCUCCCCUGCAGAUUAUGGGUAACCCAGGAAGCUUUAUGCAAAACCCUAUGCAACUUCAGCCUCAGAUGGCAAUUCCAAACAUCAACUCAAAUACCCAAUUUUCCCCUCAGCAGCUUUUCGCGUUCCAAAUGAACCAGAUGAAUAAUGUUAACUCUCAACAUCCAAAAGGUCAAGUAUUGGCCCAAAAUGUUGUUAACCCACCUCAAUUCUUGAACCAGAAUGUUGCAAUGCAAAAUUUGAACCAGCUUCUCCAAUUACAAAUGGCUAUGCAAAUGCCAGGUUUUGCUCAGCUUGUUCCUGGGAAUGUUCCGUUGUAUCCAAAUCAGGUGUCUCAGGGUAUUGGACUUCAAAAUCCUAACUUUGCUAUGAAUGGGCAUUUGGGUCUUAUGAAUGCCAGUGGAACUGUCCAGCAGUCCAUGAAUGGAAAUUUGUCUAAGCAAAUGGCUAAUGCGACUCGGCAAUUGCAAGGGCAGUCGCCACUGAUGAACUCUUUUGGCACUGUUCAGCAGCCACAAACUCAGAACUUCAGUGUUCCUGCUUCUGCUAAUUUGCAGGUUUCUCAGGGUAUGAGGCCUCAAAGUUCCAACUUUGUUAUGAAUGCGCAUAUGGGUCCUGUGAAUGCCAAUGGAGUUGUCCAGCAGUCUAAGAAUGGUUUUCCUAAGCAAAUGUCUAACGUGACUCAGCAAUUGCAAGGCCAAUUACCUCUGAUGAAUCCUUUUGGCUUUGUUCAGCAGCCACAAGCUCAGAACUUCAAUACUCCUGCUUCUGCUAAUACACAGGUGUGUCAGGGUAUGGGGCCUCAAAUUUCCAACUUUGCUAUGAAUGCACAAUUGGGUCUUUUAAAUGGCAAUGGAGCUGUCCAGCAGUCUAUGAAUGGGUUGUUUGAGCAGAUGCCUAAUGCAACUCAGCAAUUGCUAGGCCAGUUGCCUCCGAUAAAUCCUUUUGGCUUUGUUCAGCAGCCACAAACUCAGAACUUCAAUGCUCCUGCUUCUGCUAAUACACAGGCAAACCCUGAAGGUGUUGGUGGGCUUAACAAAUCAAUAGGCAACCAGCAAAAUUCUUACAAUAGUAACUUCUCAAGGAAUCAAAAACAUGGCGCUAAAUCUAUGAAGUCCCAGUUUGGCAAAGGGAAGUUCUCACCUCAUAGUAAAAGCCUAGAAAAAGGCCAUCACAGAAAAGGGGAGAAAAAAAGUUUUCUUGCUAAUUCAGUGAAACCCGAGAUGGAGAAAAAGAGGUCUCUCUUGGUGACUUAUUCGGCCCAAGAAAUCCGACGGUGGCGGGAAGAACGCCGUAAGAAUUACCCCUCAAAAUCAAACCUUGAGAAGAAGCCGGCAGAGAAAAGGGCAGAGACUGAUGAUAGUUCAAGUGCUGCCAAGUUGCGCCGUCAGCAACUUAAGGAAAUUCUGGCCAAGCAGGCUGAGUUAGGCUGUGAAGUUGCAGAAAUACCAUCAUCCUAUCUAUCGGAUUCUGAGAAACAAGGGGAUGGAAGGGAGCAAAAAAGGCCAUUGAGUAGAAAAGAGAGGUUCCAAAAAAAGUUCAAUAAAAGAGAAAGAUUCAAUCGAAAUGACCGCUUCUCCAAGAAACGAAGAUUUGGAAACUCUGACUCAUCAAUUACUCGUGAUCAAAACGCUUCUACUGCAGGUCAGGUUACAGAAACCGCAAGAGAACCAACACUACUACAGAAACUAUUGAGUUCAGAUAUUCGGAGAGAUAAACGCCACCUAUUGCAGGUCUUUAGGUUCAUGACCAUGAAUUCUUUCUUUAAAGAUUGGCCUGAGAAACCCCUGAGAUUUCCCCAAGUGAUACUUAAGGAAACAGGACAAGAAAUUGAAGCUGCUGAAGAAAUAUAUGAUGCUAUCGAUGCAACCGUCGAAAAAUCAGCAAAUGACAGUGACAAUGAUGAGGAAAAUAAUAUUCCUGAAUUUGCUGAAGCAGUUAGUGAGUUACAAGAAAAUAGUAGUAACUCUGAAAGUGUCAAGCUGGAGGGACAAAUCACUAAUUAGACAAAACAGCCUGUAUCUCAACCUCUUUCAUAUCACUGUUUAUUGUAUAUUCCUUUGCUAGCUUCAUCUUAUGUGUAUAUUCUAACUUGUCUAAAUGUCAUGGAGCGGACUGGAGUUUUGAUUUUCAAGGGUUACUAACAUGCUAGAUUUAACAGUUCAAAUCUGUGAA